AUGAUAAGUUCUACCUACUUUCUUUCAUUCUUUUUACUUUUCCAAGUGAUUAUUGGUGCACCAGUUGCAAAUUUAAUUACAAGAGUCCAUACCGCGGAUGCUGUAACUAAAACAAACACCUAUACUACGGGUACCACUACUGUCAAUUUACCACCGGUUGAAAUUUUCAUUUCAAAUGGUGUCACUUAUACUUUCACUUUGAAUGGAAAAGCUGCUGCAUCUCCAACUACGUUUACAUCCGUUUACACCGACAACAACGAUAAUAAUGAUAACAACAACGACAGCGACAACGAGAACGAUGAUAAUAAUAAUAAUGCGCCAGCUCAGACAGCUGCCGCCACCACUUCUGCUAGUCCAACAAAUAAUGGAGGAAAUGAUUCACCUGCUGCUGCAAAUUCUCCACAAGAUGACACUCCUGCUGCGACAAAUAGUCCACAAGACGAUGCACCAACUUCAAUGAGCAGUGUACAAGAUAAUGCACCAACCUCAACAAACAGUCCAAAUGACAAUGUACCAGUUUCAACAAACAGCCCGGAUGACAAUGAACCGGUUUCAACAAACGCUCCUGAAACUACUUCUCCACAAAACACUAUAACUUCCUCAUCCACCUAUCAGGAAACAACUAGUUCCACUGACUCCACUCAAUCAACUUCAGACUCAGGUUCAAGUUCUUCAGCCUCUUCUGGAAGCAUUUCUGCCCCAACUGCAAUUGCCUAUUCACCAUAUGCAAACGAUGGAGGUUGUAAAGAUGCCUCUACAAUUCAAUCAGAUUUAGAAUUAAUUUCAAGCAAAGGAAUUAAUAAGAUUAGAGUUUAUGGUACUGACUGUGGAUUAUACGAUACUAUUAUUCCAAAGGCUAAAGACUUAGAAAUGAAGAUUAACCAAGGAUUUUAUAUUUCUGAUGCCGGUGUGGAUUCAAUUGAUGAUUCUGUUUCUGAAUUCAUAGAAUGGGGUUCUGAGAACGGAUAUGACGUGUUUGAUUUCAUUACUGUUGGUAAUGAAGCUAUUAAUUCGAAUUUCUGUUCAGUUUCUGACUUGAUUAGCAAGAUUAAGAGUGUUAAAUCAAAAUUACAAGACGCUGGCUAUAAAGGUAAAGUUACAACAUCAGAACCACCAGCUAUAUUCACUACUAAUCCAUCGUUAUGUAAAGAUUCAAACAUUGAUUUUGCUGGCAUUAAUCCUCAUUCUUAUUUUAAUACUGUUAUCGGUGCAAAAUUGGCUGGUUGGUAUGUUACUAGUGAACAGUCUUUAGUUUCUAAAGCAUGUGAUAUGGAUGUUGUUAUAACUGAAACUGGUUACCCACAUAAGGGAAGUAGUAAUGGAGAUAAUUACCCAUCUGCAAAAAAUCAAGAAAUUGCUAUUGAGUCAAUUAUGGAAAAGACCAAUGGUCAAGUCACAAUCUUAAGCACAUUCGAUGAUAUGUGGAAACAUCCAGGUCCACAUGGUAUUGAGCAAUAUUUUGGCUCUCUCAAUUUGUUUAGUUAA